GUUGCAGUGCACCUGAGAUACUUAAGUCCAUGUGAUCCGUAAUUCCUCUCACGUUUUCUCUUUUCACAUCCAAAAAGGAACGUGAGAAAAUUCCGAUGCACCCGUGUGCAAAUUAAAUACACUCCAAAUUAGCGCCUCAAAAUAUCCCGAUCUUAAAAUCACCCGACUUAACCCGACCCGACGGACCCAAGUGACCAACAUUAACACUCUCCGGCACCAGUGACCAGGAAGUCUUUUCUUUCUAUUUGAAGCAAUCGUUUCCAAUUUCCAAAAUCCAACCAUCAAACAGGGGGAAAAAAGGGGGGCAAAUUAACAAGAAAUGUAUACACUUGUUCUCUCAUACAAGAACUUGAUCUUCCAAAUCAUCCUCUCACUUUCACUCUCAAUCAUCCUCUACUUCAUCUCUCUCCCAUCUCUAAUUCUUCAAGGUCUCAACACUUACAUCCACCCAGAUGAUGUUAACCCCACUAAACAAACCCAAUCAUCUGGGCCCAAAGUCGCCAUUAGAAGACCUUCUGAUCAGAAUGUUAAUGGGUCAUCUGAGCUAAGGAACAGGAAGAAACCCCGGGAGAAAUUGUUCGAGUUUGAUGAGACUAAAGCUCAGAUCUUUCGAUUGAGAUUAGGUGAUGCUCAAAUUUGUUCACGCCUUUACUUUGAUAGUUUUAGAAGUUGUUUAAAUUGCUUUGUUGUUGCCUUUUCUUGCUUUUUGUUGCAUAAGUAUUUGAUUUUGAAUGUGGGUGAAAGUGAAAAUGAAAAUGAUAAUGGUAAUGACAAUGUUGAUUAUGAUUAUACGACUUCUGGGGUUUUGAAGAAUGGAUCUUUAGUUCCAAUUGUGAUUGGGAUUUUAGGGUUUUUUAGGGUUUUGAUUUCAUUGUUUCGUGUUUCCAUUGAAAGAUCUGCGUUUAAGAGGUCUGAAAGGGGGUUAGGGUUAGUGAUUGGAGUAUUGGGGUUUUUUGCAUCUCUUGUGAUCUGCGUUGGGGUAUAUCCUUGGUUGUUUGACUUUGAAUUUAGCUCAAUUGAUGGAUUUGGGAAGUUAUUUGUUGCCCUCCUUUCGGGCUCUAUCACCGGGUUUUUGUACUUGGCGGCGGGUAAGAAUGCUCGGGCCUUUUGGCUAGGAACGGAUCAAAUAAGAUGCAAUUUGCCUAUAAUUUCAUGUGGAUGGUUUGCUCAAGUUAUCUUCUAUGCAAACUAUUUGCUAUUGGGAUUCACUUCCUUGCUUUGGAUCAACCCGUUGGGCGAACUUCUUGUUAACAAAAACAUUGAUGGUGGUAGAAAUGGGGUGAGUUUGAGUUUGGUUGGCAAUGUGGGUAUGGCUGAAGCCGACUUUGUUAAAUUUAGGCUAUUGUGUUUGCUUCUUUCGGGGGUGUUGCAAGUUAUUGCAUUGCGUUGGUACGUGCAAACUUUCUUGAACGAGGCAGUGUUAUCGUGGUACCAAAGGUUGCACGCGAGUGUGGUUCCUGAUAUGGAAUAUAGUAGGGCAAAGGUUUUCCUACACAAUCAUUAUUUGUGCCUCGCGGUUAUACAAUUUUUUGCACCGGCAGCGUUGGUGCUUCUUUCAUUGGGAUUGUCUCAAGUUGAUGAGGGUUUAUUUGAGAACUUUGAAGUGGCAUGUGUUUUGCUACCAUGCUCGGCUUUUGUUAAAGAGGUUGCCCUCUUCUUGGCUUGGUGGGUUUCUUUUGUAUGGUUUGUUUUCACCUCAACGUACCUUGCUUUCUAUAGGCGUGGGAUUUUGUACAUUUCUUGAUGCGUUCCUUGAUUCGUCAAGGGUGGCAUUGAUUUUCUUGACCAGUUUUGGUAGGAAGAGUUCUUUCACUGUAACAAUACACGCUAGGUGCUCUUAUAUUAAUGAAAUCGGUUUUUGGAUUA